UUUCUCACUCACUCAAUCCCUUCCUUCUUUCUCUCUUUCUUUUGCUCCGCUUAGUUUCCGUUGAUCCGAUCCAAUCUUCUCUCAGUCUGUAUCGGCAUAGAUUCAGCAUUCCAUUGUUAGAUCCAUGUUGUUCGCACCACCACCACCACCUUCUUCUUCCUCUUCUUCUUCAUUACACCUGUUGAUACUUCUACUAUUUUCUUCCUUGCUUUUCACCACCACCACCUUCGCAUCCAUCCACACCUACAACCAUGAAUCCUUCAAAGAUGUCGGCAAUGCUUACCUCCUCUCCGGCGGCAGUGAAGGCAUCCUCGCCGCCCCCUCCCACCAGGCCCCUUCUUACAUCCGGUUUGAGAAUAUCACCUUUAGGAGAAGAAAAAGUGUGGCCAAGGGUACUGUGCCGAUACACGUUAUAAUUUUUGAGGCUGCUGAUCGGGAUGAUAUAGGUGGUUCUGUUUAUGGUGGACAGAGGGCAAUCUGUUGCACCCCUGAUUUAGCUAAGAUGGGGGCUUGUAAGCGAGGGGAGAUUAUCAAGAGAGCUUCUGCAACAGAUAUUAAUUGGCCGGUUGUUUUAGAUAUACAAUUCAAGGGGAAAUACAGAACCGCGAGCAUAGAUUCUAGGGAAGUUCCCAUCACGAAGACUGGAAUGUAUAAUUUGUUUUUUGUCGCUUGUGACCCCAAGCUCAAGGAUAUGGUGAUGACUGGGAAGACUAUCUGGAAAAACCCUGAUGGGUACUUGCCUGGUAGGAUGGCCCCGUUGAAGAAGUUCUAUGUGUUUAUGGCACUGGCUUAUGUCGUCCUUGGCAUCAUUUGGUUACUUCAGUAUGUGAGGUUUUGGAAUGAUGUGCUGCUACUUCAGCACUGUAUCGCAGCUGUCAUUGCUCUUGGAUUGUUUGAGAUGAUUCUCUGGUAUUUUGAGUAUGCCAAUUUCAACAGUACUGGAACGAGACCUGUUGUUCUCACAACAUGGGUUGUCACUGUUGGGGCUAUAAGGAAAACGAUUUCGCGACUUCUCAUUCUUUCUGUCUCAAUGGGAUAUGGUGUUGUGCGGCCCACUCUCGGUGGUCUUACUUCAAAGGUUCUUUUACUUGGAAUAACUUACUUUCUAGCAUCAGAGUUGCUGAACAUUACUGAAUACGUGGGGACUAUCAAUGAUGUAUCAGGAAGGGCAAGGCUCAUUCUAGUUCUUCCAAAUUCUUUCUUGGAUGCAUUUUUGAUAUUAUGGAUUUUUACAUCUCUUUCCAAAACACUGGAGCAGUUGCAGGCAAAACGGAGUUCUGUUAAGUUGGAUAUUUAUAGGAAAUUUUCAAAUGCACUAGCAGUAGCAGUUAUCUCCUCAGUUGUUUGGAUUGGAUAUGAGGUAUACUUCAAAGCUACAGAUCCUUUCAAUGAGCGCUGGCAGAGUGCUUGGAUCAUCACUGCUUUCUGGGACAUUCUAGCAUUUGCACUCCUCUGUGUUAUAUGUUAUCUCUGGGCACCUUCCCAAAGCUCUCAAAGGUAUGCGUAUUCAGAGGAAGUAGGAGAAGAAUCUGACGAUGAAGAAGGUCAGGCUCUAACUAAGCGAAAGCAGGAAGGUCAGGGUGAACUGAGCUUAGUGAGGCAAGAGAAGAAUGGCGGAACUGAUGCAUCUUUUGAUGAAGACGAUGAAUCAGAAGAGGAUAAAAGGGAAUGAGCUCUUAACAGCUUUCUUGUGCUUAUUUCCCACCUGGGAUUGUAAGUCUCAGACCAACCCUCAACAAGAGGUGUUGUAAAAUUUUGUUCAUUUGUGUCUGUAAUAGCAGCUUCAUAUUCUUUGUUUUAGAUAUCAGUUGCUUCAAUUAACAUGAAUGUAAUUAAUGUAUACCAAAUGAAAUAUUGCACAUGCAGAUGAUCAAAAUUGGUGUGUC